AUGCCAUGCACACCAUCGGUGGUGGCGGUAGCAGCCGCAGGCACAGUCACCACAACCGCAGAGGCCUUUGAGGCAGGUCUUGUGCGUCUGGUCCGCUCACACCAUAUUCACACUGUGGAGCUGCUCUCUGCAACGGAGCAGAAGCAUGUGGGGGCGGCGGUGUGCCCCUCCUCUCCUCUGCCUGUCUUCAUUGUGGUUGAGGCGCAACUAACGAGCACCCUGACGUGGCAGUCCGAUUCGCGGAGCCGGCCCCACUUCAACAACGAGCUCUCCGGGGACGGCAGCAAUGUUUUCACAUAUCACAUUUCUUUCCUAUCCCCCACGGACGCCGGGACGAUAUCUGUUCCUUCCCUCCCGUUCAAUUUCCCGCGAACGACACUGUCUGCGGAAUGGUGUGCGCAGUUGCAGCGCCGGUUAGCCGUUUGCUCUGCAUUGACAGGCCUUCCAACCAGUCUUCGUGUUUCGCUUCUGCCGUAUGUUCCGCACCUAACCUGGGACAGGGGGCGCGACGGGGAUUCUUGGGGCGACGCACAGUGCGAUGAUGAUGUCAACUCCUCUUGA